AGCACAACAAUAGGGUACUGCUCUUCUGCCUGUGGGCUCACACACACGGAGAGAAGGCACGGAGAGACACUCAGUAGCAGCUACAGACAGACAGACAGACAUGUACACUCUUUCCUCUUUCUUCUCUCCAUAGUUCUUCCUUUCAUUAUUCCUCAAAAUACUGCUGGACCUCUAUGGCUUUGGUAGAUAUUAUAGGAAAAAUAUGAUUCUUGGUGGAUUUGAACUGAAUGAGUUCUAGAACUGACUUGUGGAACUUGUGGGCAGUACAUCUACAGAUGUUUGGGAGUAGUUUACUUUCUGGAAGUGGGUUCCGUCCGUUCUCUUGAGUUCGGGACUAAGGUUCCUUCCCUCCUUGGACUUUGGGAUCUGAGUUUGGACUUGGACUUGGUCAACACCAGUGGGAGUAGUGACAGCUGGGACUUUGUAGUGUGGAAUUUUAGACCGGACCGGCUUUCCCUCUGAAGUUUUUCGGAACAAGUGAUUUGUUUGUUUAGCCGUUCUGCUAACUUUUUCCUGUUGGACUCCAUUGGUCUGGACGGCAGUCAGUGUGUUCCAGAUCUGAGUGCACUAGAACGCGUGUAUGUUGAGCGUGUUGAGGGUGAUGCCUCUGGACGUGGUCAUAGCCCCGGCUGAGGACUGUUUCUGGCCUGUCCUGCAGGAGUCAGACAGGAGGCUGAAGAUCAGAGUCCGCAGGACCAAGGAGGGGAGGGCGCUACGAGGGGGCUUUGCUGCGUUCUCCUCCUGUUUCCCCGGGCUGUGUGAGAGCAAGCCAGCUCUGCCUAUGAGCAUAUCCCAACCCUGCCUACCUGUAGCUAACAUAGGACCCACACGCAUCCUACCGCACCUCUACCUGGGAUCACAGAAAGACGUCCUCAACAAGGACCUGAUGUUUCAGAAUGGAAUCACGUACGUGCUGAAUGCCAGUAACACCUGUCCCAAGCCUGACUUCAUCAGCGAGAGCCACUUCAUGCGGAUCCCUGUCAAUGACAACUACUGUGAGAAGCUACUGCCCUGGUUGGAGAAAACCAAUGAAUUCAUCGACAAAGCCAAGGUGUCAAACUGCAGAGUCAUUGUGCACUGCCUGGCUGGAAUCUCACGCUCGGCAACCAUCGCCAUCGCAUACAUCAUGAAGACAAUGGGCCUGUCAUCGGAUGAUGCCUACAGGUUUGUGAAGGACCGACGGCCUUCAAUAUCGCCCAACUUUAACUUCCUGGGCCAGCUGCUGGAGUUUGAGAAGGGGCUGCGGCUCCUCCAGGCGCUGUCAGACGACAAGACCUCAGAGGGCAAAGGUCAAUCCCAGGGCUCAGAGGUCAACGGGUUCAGCUCAGGGUCAGAAGUCAACGGUCACCAUGACCCUUCAUCAAUAGAGCCCCAGACCCCACCAGAACCGAAGCUCCCCUCGCCGACUUCUCUCCAGCAGGGCUUCAACGGCCUCCACCUGUCGGCCGAGCGCAUCCUGGACACUAACCGGCUGAAGCGAUCCUUCUCCCUUGACAUCAAGUCUGUCUACUCCCCCAGCAGCCCCCACUGCCUGCGCCUGGCAGCGCCCACACACUCCGAAGACGUGCCCAAGCUAUGUAAGCUGGACAGCCCCCCUGUCACCGGUGUCUGCCCUCAGUUCUCCCCUGUCCCAGACAGCCCCAGCUCGGCCGAGUCACCUUUCCCUUCCCCGGGGUGCGGCGGCAGCAUCGGAGGUCUCGACGUUGGGGGUCCCAGUUCUGGAGGUCCAUCAUCGUCCAGGCCCAGGAGGAAAGCCAAGCACGGCUCUGGAUCUGGAUCCACAACCAGUUCCCCGGUACACCCCCAGUCCCUGAGUCUGACUCUGGGACGCUCCCUGCCCGUUCACAAGAGCCCCAGCCUGGAUGAGAGCCUGAAGGGCUCCAUGCUUCUCUCUCUGCCCCCCAAAGAGUCCGGAACCAUGUGGACCAAACACAGAGACACAGUACAGGCCACCACCCCAGUCACACCUGUCACCCCCACUGCCGACGCCCCCUGGUACUUCGGGGCUGAAGAGGUUGGGGAAGGAGGGAUGGAACUAGGAGGAGACGUAGGAGGAGGGGUGGAACUAGGAGGAGGGGUAGAACUAGGAGGAGAUGUAGGAGGAGGGGUGGAAGUGCGUUUCGGAAGCAGCUCUGCAUAUGUGGCGUUUGGUUGUAGCGAGGGGGUGCGGCUACGGGAGAAAGUGCAGCGGGACAAAAGGGCAUCGUCGUCAUCAGCGCCAUUACAGAGGGACUCCUCAACGACCGUCGCCAACGGGACGGCCUCCAACAGCACCGAGAAGCAGUUCAAGCGGCGCAGCUGUCAGAUGGAGUUUGAGGAGGGCAUCUCCGAGACACGUUCCCGGGAGGAGCUGGAGAAGAUGGGGAAGCAGUCCAGCUUCUCUGGCAGCAUGGAGAUCAUCGAGGUGUCCUGACUAACCGCACUCCUGACCACAACUGGCCCACGCAGGGAGGAGGGGAAACGGACCUGAAGGAGGAGGGAGGACAGAGGGGGGAAAUUUACCCUCCCCAAACAGACCGUGUUAAAGACUCAAACUCUGAGAAGACAGAAACAUCAGAGAGAUUCCGGGAGUCCCUUAUCUAGCUAGUGUUCCUGGACUAGACAUGGGGUUUAGCAGGCUGUUGAUUUCCUAGGUUACAUUUACAGUACUACCAACCAAAGCUCUGAAGAGAACAACUGCAGGGAAAGAUGGAGAGCUAUGGGGCACUGACACUGAACUAUGAACUGUGAACUAUUUCCUCUGUAUGGUGUCAGUUAAAGAAAAACAGAUCCAGGGGCAAAUCUCAAACAACACCCAUAUAGUGCACUACUUUUGGCCAAAAGUCACCAAAAGUAUAGUGCUAUUUUUGUUAUUGGGUGUCAUUUGAGACAUAGCUAAGUGCUUUCCUCCCAAAGACUUCAAUCCCCAGCAUGCCUCAGUCUGCCCCUCCCUUCAUUUCAAAGACUUCAGCCCCAGAGAACCACAACCCCCAGCAUGGCUCAGUCUGCCCCUCCCUUCAUUACAAAGACUUAGAAAGAGCUCUGUACCCCAGAAACGCACCACAGCACAAUGCAGAGAGAGACUAUUCAGACUCUCCUAAGAGUCUAUACCGGUGGUACUGCAUCAAAACAAUGACGAAUCCUCCAUGUUGGCGUGUCAGCCCAUCAUGGUUUACAAAGACUUUGCAGUUUAAGAGGACUCGUAGUGACUGAUAAAGACUGGCAUUGUAUUUUCCCGCAAUACUCGUCUGCUUCCUUGUUUCCCGUGUUUAACAGUGUGACGUGACUGUUGGGGCGGUGGGGAGGAGAGGAGUUAGGUCUAAGUUACACCCUCCCUGUAGUGGAGUUCAGUACUCGCAUGUCUCACUCCACACCCCCCAAGUAUACCCCACCCCAGCCUCUCGGAGCAUGCUCCAGGGUGGCUGGCGACAGACAGACAAAUACUAUAUAUACUAUAUGAAUAUAUAUAUAGCGAUUUUAAUGGACUUUUAAUCAAAAACAAAAAAUCUCAGUUCUGGUUGUAAUUUAUUUGAUCUGUUCAUUCUGGUAAUGAGAAAUAAUAGAAUGUUUUGUGGACUUUUUUCUUUUCCUUCGUUAAUCUCAGUUUUUGUUGUAUGGUAUUUAUGAAACACAUACAACCACACACUCAUGCACACACAAACUCAUGCACACACACACUCAUGCACACACACACUCAUGCACACAAAACUACAAGCAAGCAAUAUGUGCUGUUCCUUGUUUGGAGGAAGAGCGAUGUAUUUUGGGUUUCAUCUGACGUUGAAAUGCACUUUUCUGUUCCUCUUCAAAAACGAGUAUCCCAUCCACUUCCUACGAGGGUACCAACAUACUCUAACCCAGGGGUGGGAAAACUACAGCUCAUUCAAUCCGGCCCAUGGGAGGUUUCAGUAUAAACAACUAACACAAUGGUGUUUAACGCAAAUUAUUUUGGGGGGUUUAAAAACUACUCUGGGCCACACUUGAAUGUCUAAAACUAGAUCAAAUGUUUGUAGAAAUUAUAAUAGACCUGUAUAUUUUCAAAUAACUGCCCCUUUUCUGGCCCCGAAAUUGAUUUUGACAAACAAACCGGUUCCCAAAUCUUCUGUGCUACCCUCAGUUGAAUUUCUAAAUCCUGAUGUGGCCUUCAAGCCUAAAUGUUUGCCCACCCCUGCUCUUACCUCUGGUGACAUCACCAGAUGUGUUGUAUUGUGAAAAACAGUCCCUAUGAGCAUGAAAACGUUGAAUUUACAUUGAAAAGAUGUUAAAAAUACAUAUUUUUGGUUGAAAAUAUGUUAAAUAUGUAUUUGUGGUUGAAAAUACGUUGAAAAUAGGUAUUUUCAACAUCUUAUGUUCACCGAGAUGACUCUUCAGUUGAGUGUAAUUAAGAUGUUAUUUCUUGUGAUUGUGGGCUCCUACAGUUAGUGCAUCUCCUGGGAGAUGGUUAAUGUGUGUGAGUGAGAAUGAAGAACUUUAUUCAACCCAGUACUAAAGAGCAGAAUUAUUGUAGGAAGGACUAUUGAUUUCUCCAGGGCUCAUGACAACAACUACCGGUAUAUGCAAGUAGAUCCACACAGUUGACAAUGUUAGAGACAUCCACCUAACACACUGCUAACACACAACUCUGUUGGCUAGUUUCCAAAUACACCCACCCACACACACACAGAACUGAACUGUGUUGGGAUAUGAGAGAAGCCCAUAGCUGAAACAAAUCCCCUCCGCACAUACACACACAGACACUUAUAGUCACACACAUAGAUAUACCACCACCUUUCGUUUGUUCUCAGGGGAUCUUUCAGUGAGCCAAGCCUCGCGCAGGGUACACAAUUGCUUGCACAUCAGCACAAUGCAUGUCACUCCCUCACUAUCUCUAUCAGUCUAUCGCUCUCACUCUCUUAUUUUCCAAAGGUUUGAUUAAAAACAAAACAAAACGGAAGGGAUGAAACUAGAAAGUGAUUCAGAAGUGAAUAAAUGAAUGCUAUUGCUCUGCUGGUGCCAGAUUGUCUAUUUAUUUAUGAUGUACGUAUAUGUGUUUUUUUCUUUUCCUUUGGUUAGCUUUUCUCUAUUGUGACCUUUGACCUAUACCUUUGUGCUGCUGUAAGGUCGGACCUGGAUUUCCUGUGUUCAGUUUUCUGAGGCUUUCCUUCUAGUCUCUUACUUUUUAAAAGAUGUCGUUAUAAUUAUUUAAAAACAUGUUAAGAGAAGAUGCAGGCUGUCCCAAUUGCUAUAAUUGUUGGUAUUGAUGUAUUAUUAUUAUUAUUGUUGUUAUGUUGUGUAAAUAGCAAGGUAUCUAAGAAUAUUGAUGAAUUUAGGUACAUUUUUUAAGUAAAAUCCUGAUACCUUAGGCUGCUUGACGCAAAAUACCUCAGGUUUUUCCUUCCUUGUACAUGUUUUGUGAAAAUGAGACAAAAAUACAAAAAUGACAAAAUAUGAA